CUCACCGAGUCCUCCCUCCCUUCCACUCUCGCGCUGUGCUUUUCCUGUUCGGGUCUGACUCUCUGCCCUAACAGUUUGCAGAUUGGUGUCAGGCGUGAAGGGGGUCGCUAGGAUGUCUGCGGUGUCGUCGACGGACUCGGUGACCUUUCACGAUAGGAUCUCCGCCUUCAUUGAAUCCCAAUGCAACCGGAUAGGAGGGGAAGGAGGAGGAGUCGGGAAGCCUUGGAUGAAGAAGAAGGAAGCCUGGGACUCCCCGGACAGAGACGACAUCUUGCCUCCAUCCAAUCCUCCCUCAUCACCCAGCCCAGGAGACGGAGUCCGGAAGAUCGUGGAGGAGGCCAUGGGUCAAAGGAGCAUCAGCCAGUCCAAUUUCCACUUUGCCUCUGGUAGCACCCCGACUAACUCUCCAACUAGUACUCCUGAGACCUUGAGGAGCAGAUUCUUGAGAGGAGAGAGGAAAGCUCGGAUCGAGAAGAGCAAAAGCCUGGAUCAAAGCGAGCCGGAAUCCACGUGCGGCUCUGACUCGGAGGCGACGGGAAGCGGAAGCGGAAGGGCAUCUUCGACUUCGAGGAUCCGACUCAGAUUUCGUUCCUCCACGCCGAACCCGAGGAGUCAGAGGGACAACAAGGCUUCCAUCCCUCAUACUGCAAGCGUGGAUCGCAUCCUAACAAGCACUCCAGUCGAAGACGACAGAGGCGACAGGACGAGAACGAAGACAGGCUGGCUGGAGGGGAUCCUGGGCAGCGUGUACCGCUUCGCCUUUGAACUCGUGGAAGACGUGACCUUCGACCCCGCGGGAGACGCCACCUCCCCACCCGGCCCAGACUCCUUUUCACCCGCUGAGGAUCAGCCCCUCACCGUCAAGAGGUUGAAGGAGAACGUGCUGCGCUUCAGCGGGGCGACCAGACCGAUCCAGAGUUUCCUGGAGUCCUGGGAUCGCCUCGUGUCCUGGAAAUCCCCCGCCUGCUCCUUCCUCGCUUUCACCGUGUGGACGCACAGCGUGAUCUACGGUUGGUUCCUCUCCCUGCUUUUCUCCCUCGCCAUCGCCUACCUCAGCCUCAACUACCUUCGGAAAAGGGAGGAGGUGAUGAUGAUGUUGCCGUGGGUGUCGUGGCUGUCGCCUUGGGGGCAUGCGACGGGGGACGCGGGGAACGGGCAGCAGGAGGACAUGCCGGUGAAGGUGUUCGGGGACAAGUUCUCGCUGGUGCUACAGGUGGCGAGGAAGGUGCAGAACGUGCUGGGGGACGUCUCUGAUGCGGCGGAGAAGUUCAAGAAUCUGUUGAGCUGGAAUCACGAGGCGACGCGGAGUCUGUACCUGUUCCUGUGGUGCGGGUUGGCGCUGUCGUUGGUGGUGACGUUCGACGCGAUGGUCCGAGGGGCCCUGCUCUGGCUGGGCGUCAAGGUCUUCCUCGUCGGACCCCUCUUCCAAUCCUAUCCGAGGCUGAGGCUCAAGUACGAUUCCACACAUCGGCUGUGGCAGAGUCUUCCCACCGAUGCCACUCUGGAUCAGGGCUCCGACGAGACUCAGUCCUUCAAGGGUAAGACAAGCUCGGAUGUGACCUUCUGUGACCUCUUCAGCCUCCCCGCCACAGAAAGUCCGUUACACGGUUGGGAGCAAGGGAAGCGAUGCAUCAUGCUGCAGCGAGACCCCGCGGUGCCAUGUGCACCGUCCCUGAGCGUGAAAAGCGGAAAGGCAUACCUCACGCCUCGGUACCUCUGCUUCCAGAGGUUCACCCUCGGAGCACCCAAGAUCACCGUUCUUCCGUUGGAGCGGAUCGCGACGGUUGAGAAGGCGUCUGCCGUGCGGUGGCUUCCUGGCUCGCCGUUCGUCGUUCACGUCUCGCUUCAGCCUUCUCAAAAGAGGUUCACGUUCGGAGGAUUCCCAGGAAGCGAUCUGGCAUUCGAGGACCUCAUCGCGGCCGGUCGAAGUCUUCAGUGUCCUUGGGCCUCACUCACUUGAAUUCACUUGGAUUACCUCAUCUGAUACGAUCGAGAAAACGGAUUCGUGUUUGGUAUUUCAAGCGAUCAGUUCCUUAGAUAUGUGAAAACUAUGGGGAUCCAUGUCACGAGUGCUUUCUUUGCCAAAUUCUGAU